GAAACGCCUUCCCAAGCGCACUCCGCUGAUGCAGUUUGGACAAGAGCAGUACUGAGCCAUUACCUGAACAUAAACCAGCAAGAUGUCUCACAGAGUUCCACAUUCUUCCUACAAAAAGAUGUUUGGCGGAGAGAAAGUAGCGACGAGGAGCAGCUACUCCAGUCGCCAGUUCUCCAGCCCGGUGCGCUCCACCCGGGUCUCCUACGGGCUCUCCUCCGCCCCGACCAUGUACACUACCAAGACGCAGAGGCUCCGGAGCAGCGCAGCCAUGCCCCGGCUGUCCUCUGACAACUUGGACUUCUCCUUGUCCGAGGCCAUAAACAGCGAGUUCAUGACGAACCGCACCAACGAGAAGGUGCAGAUGCAGUCUCUCAACGACCGCUUUGCAAACUACAUCGACAAGGUGCGCUUCUUGGAGCAGCAGAACAAGAUCCUGCUGGCAGAGCUGGAGCAGCUGCGGGGCAAAGGUACGUCCCGGGUGGGAGAUCUGUACGAGGACGAGAUGCGGGAGCUGAGGCACCAAGUGGACCAGCUCACCAACGACAAGGCCCGGGUGGAGGUGUACCGGGACAACCUGGCAGACGACAUCGACAGGCUGAGAGAGAAGUUGCAGGAUGAGACAUCUCAGAAGGAGGAGGCUGAGCACAGCAUGCAGAGCUUCAGACAGGAUGUGGACAAUGCUGCCCUCGCCAGACUGGACCUGGAGCGGAAGGUCGAAUCGCUGCAGGAUGAAAUCAACUUCCUCAAGAAGCUGCAUGAUGAGGAAAUGCUUGAGAUGCAGACCCAGAUCCAGCAGCAGCAUCAUGUGCAGGUGGACAUGGAGAUGGUCAAACCUGACCUGACUUCUGCUCUGAGAGACGUGCGCCUGCAGUAUGAGAACCUGGCCUCCAAAAACCUCCAUGAGUCUGAGGACUGGUACAAAUCCAAGUUUGCUGACCUCACCGAAGCUUCAACCAGGAAUAAUGAGGCCCUGAGAGUGGCCAAGCAAGAAGCCAAUGACUACAGACGCCAAGUUCAGUCACUUACCUGCGAGGUGGAUUCCCUUAAAGGAACUAAUGAGUCUUUGGAGCGCCAGAUGAGCGAGCUAGAGGAGAACUUCUCCCUGGAGACGGGUGGUUACCAGGACACCAUUGGCCGCCUGGAGGAGGACAUUCACAACAUGAAGGACGAGAUGGCCCGUCACCUCCGGGAGUACCAGGACCUCCUCAAUGUCAAGAUGGCCCUGGACAUUGAGAUUGCCACCUACAGGAAGCUGCUGGAGGGAGAGGAGAACAGAAUCACCCCAAUGCCAAACUUCUCAUCCCUAAACCUGAGAGAAACAAUGAUGGAUUCCAAACCUCAUUUUGAAGCUACAACAACUAAGAAGGUUCUCAUUAAGACCAUUGAGACCAGAGAUGGUCAGGUGAUCAACGAGUCAACCCAGAACCACAAUGACAUGGAGUAAUAAUGUGUUUGCAAAACAAUAAGAGCAAUACGAAGAAACACAUUUCACUGGGGCUACAAGCAAGCAAACCAACACAAAACACAGAAAGCAGACCGCUUUGAAAAGUGCCUUUACAUGUGAUGAUCCAGUAUGCCUGUUAGUUCACACAGACUGUAUUUUGCUUCCUCCUCUACUGAAAGUAUUACCUUUUGUCACAUUUGUUUGGACACAAUAAUGAAAUCAGCACAGCUUAGAAAUCCUCAUUGAGGUCUACAAAAAUCUUUCUUUCGGUGUUAUAGUAGUAUUUUUGAUCAAUACCGCAUGCACACAUUACAGGAAAUCUGUAUGCUGAUAAUGUCACAAUUGCCUGUAUGGAGCAAUAAACCAGUGAGACUGAUACUCA